AUGCCUUCCCUACAGCAGUCCGCCGUGGAAGUAAUCAGUCGAGCCAGUCUGAACCUACUCUCCAUCCAGGCGCAUCAUCUAGAGUUUGUCAUGAGAAAUCUCGCGAAAAACCACCAGAGCAGGUAUGGGCACUUCAUUGGGCCCAAUCGCCGGGCCUAUAUCAGCGCAGUUGCCGUUGCGCCAGAGGAGAGAGUGCUACCCCAGGAGGCGUGUGUGAAUAGAUGGGGGAAGGUUUACGAGGAAGAAAAUAUCUUCUACAAGAUGAUGAAAGAUGUCGAACACGCUCUCAAAAGUGCGAGAGGGCGCAUAGCAUUCAUGAUGCCACGCGGAGCGCCAAAGGGCACUCUCAAUACUACUCCUUGGCGAAUCCCCUGCUCGGGCUCGACAGAUUUUGAACCUACCAUGGUAAACGUUCGCUUUCUCAUGGACACUUGCCUUUUGAUCACCAAAGCCUGUGACGGCAAGGAGUCAGAUAUGGAUGAGCAGAGGAGGUAUAUCACCGCGAUAAUGAACACUGGUUAUAAUAAGCGAAACCAAUCUCUCAAGGAAUGCGUAGUUGGUGCUACAAAGUGCCUGGCCUUCCUCUACAGGUUGGAGGUGAGAGGACUUAGGGCCGCAAAUACGAGAGGCUUCCUCCAUCCGCAGUUUGGAAAGGAAGAGACAAAGAAUGGUACUCUUAAGGAUGCUAUGGAACGUCGUAUGAAACGGCUGCAGGCGCUCGAGGAGAAGUGCUUGAAGGAUAGGUCACUAGGUUAG